AUGAGUGGUCUUGUCCGCCCCGCCCGAGGCGGACUGAGUGCCCAGAACAAAGUAACGAAACCCCAGUCCUCUGUGGCCGCACGAAGACAGAAUCAGAACCACCAACAGCAGCUGCUUACCGCUGCCGUGCUCGAGCAACAGCACCAGACGAACCAGGCCAACACGGGCAUUCACCAUUCGCUGGGCGCACCCGGCGAUGACACGGAACACCUCCAGCUCCAUCAUCCCCAACUGCAGAGCCAACACCAGCACCACUUGGCCAUCCACCACGAUCCGCUCGCCGGCGCAGGCCUAGAUGAUCCAAAUUCCCACACACACGCACACCCCCACGACUUACAUGAAGACCACCACCAUUCAAUAGUAGGCCUGGACCUGCCCGAGACCGAUGACAACCACAAGCCCGACCACACUGCGCUACACGACCCUUCCGUUGCAAAGGUUCCAACCGACGUGGACACUCAAAUUACCCAAAGCAUGGAUUUGAGCGGCGCCGAUGGAAGCCUCCUGGAUGGCAACUCAAGCCUUCUGGACGACGGCGGUGCUGCCUAUGAUUCCCCGCCCGCAGACAGCCCGCCGGACCACCAGUCUGUAGAUGCGGCAUCCGUAGCGCAUCAUCAGCAUCAUGAUAUUAAUAAUUUCGAUGCGUCGAUGCGCUCGACAGGGGACAUGGCGCGCGUUUCGGGCUACACUGACUACAAGAUAGAAUCCGCAUUAGCAAAGCGCUUGUAUAAGGAACCUGGUAUGCGCCCCGCUCAACAGCGGCGGCCGGAGCAAAUGUUGAACCUCCAGAGGCGCAGCAACGUCGAGGCUCUGUUUGCGCACAUAGCGGGUGUCGAGGCGGUGUCGCCGUGCAAGAACUGCAGAAAGGGCCACGGCCCUUGGCACAGCUGCGUGGUUGUUGAGGGGCAGAUGUGUGGUGCCUGCGCCAAUUGUUGGUUCAACGCUUCCGGAGCCAGAUGCUCUUUUCACGAGACACGGACCGGUCAAGGACCUUCUAGCUCUAUACAUACUACACAACAGCACCCCGGCAGUCAUUCAAUGCAAACGCCUAGUGCACCUUCACCUCACGACACAUAUGGCGUCGCUUCUCCUUUAAACCUAGCGCCCCAGUCACACAACGGCCUACCUGGCACGAUGAACUUCAACUCGUCAGCCAUGAAUGGCAACAUGAACCACAGCGGCGGCACCACCCAGGAUGCAGCCGUGCGCCUUACCCUCGAGCGCUCACUGCAGGAGCUGCGCAACGCGGACAGGAAACAACGCCAGCUGCUCAAGAUUGAGCUGACUACCAAACAGCUGGCACUGCAGAUCGUCGAGUACGAGGACAUGAUUGCACACGAAGGUCGUCAUAACCAGCAUGACGCUGCCGCCACAGGCGACGCCGCCGAUGGAGCUUAG